GGCGCCGUUGAAUUUUCACUGUGUCACUGUUGAGUAUGGCAUCUGCAAUCCGGGACCCUUCCUUUAUGCUCGCUCUCGAUGUGGAUCUAUCCAGUGCCACUUUUCCCAGCUGCUUGUGUCGAUUUUGAAGAGCUUCAUGUCACGUUUACAUACAUCCGUAUACAGUGGUCGACCAGCGUCUCUCCUGCCUUCUGUUAGAUCGCCAUAUCUUGUGGAAGUCGACCUUCUGGCAUUCUAUGAACGUGGCCAAGCCAGCCAAGGCGUCUGCUACUGAUAACACAGUGGAUAUCCUGGUUUCAGAAUGGCACAUACUAUUAUGUUAAGUUUGGUGACUGGACUGAUCGUAUUCUCUGUAUUUAUCAAGAAGUUUGUCUUAGUUUGGUGUCUUGAGUUCUCUGUCAGUCUUGGGAAGGCCUUGAAGAAACAGUGGGUACAGCGCUUGAUGCAAGAUGAACCAUGCUCAGCCUACUUCUUCAACUAUAGAUCUCGUAAUAUCUUUGGAUUAACAAUGCAACCACUUAGUAACUGUAGCAUUCCAGAUCUUCUCAACCACUACUAUAACUCUAAAAUGGCUCUAAAUAUUUGCAGACAUAAAACACCUUUUAAAAGUUUCAAGGAUAUCACUUUAAGGGACUACGCUUAUAAAUUCGGUUACUGUUAUACUGCUGACGAAAUUAAAGCAGUUGCUCAAUUGACUGUAAAAAUUGAGGUGAAGAUGUUAAGUUCAAAGCGUCCACACCAUGACUACGAUUUUUUUCCUAAUCCGAACAACGAGAAUUGCCUCUGCGUGAUGUGUCGAGAACCCGCACUUCCAAAAAUCCCAAGAUCAGGAAGUGGGGUGAUCAAUCUUUUUCAGUACAAAGAUGGAUGCUGCUACAACUUCUGCGAACAAAAAUAUAAUUCUUUUGGCAGCAAUGACAAAACUUGCCCUUGUGACAAGUGCCGAAGUGUUGAGAAGCCCAGCAGUUUAUGGUGGGACUUGUGCGUUACCACUGAGAAAACCCUGGUUUAUGACGAGGAAGAGGCCCAUGAGGCGUCAUGCAUUCUCUUCUACGAUACUGAAGACAGUCCCGUGGUCGUUUUGAACAAACUUGCAAUCAGCUAUUUAGCGUCUGAAACAAUCUGUAGAAGAUGUCUGACAUUGGCUCAGUGGCUAGUGAUUUAAACAAAGCAGCCAAAGGCGCGUUCAAAUGUUUCAAAUGUCUUAAAAAGACGAACAAAGUGAAAAAUGAAAUCGUGAAAGAAGCCAAAAAACAGGAAAAGAAGGAGCAUAAAUUAGAACAUGGCGCCGAGCACGUGAAACAUACUUCUCACAGUCUCGAGGCUGAAGUCGAACAUGGACAAGAAGAGAACAUGGAAUAGAACAUGGACACGAAGAGAACAUGGACACUAGCAGACCUAAAGUUGUAAACACGGACUAGCUUUAAACUUGCAUGAUUGAAUUUUAGUUCUUGAAAUUGUACAACUAUUCUAUGUAAAUAUUGUUCUUCAUACUACAGGUUUGAGUCGUUCAUUUCAUGCAUCCAUUUUGUACUGUCAUUAUUUAAUGGUGUUGCAUUUUGUUACAUUUGUAUGUGGGGCAGAUAGAAAGAAGCGAAGAAAGGGGAUUUAAAAGCCUGGGAAUUAAAUACUUCUACAUCUAAAAUACCACAA